AUGUCGUUUAGGCCCCACUUCGAGACGCUAUUCCCUAAAACGGAGGGUAUCCUUAGGAGGCUCCUCCCGAAUCUUCAUAAAACGGGAGAAAGGAAGCAACGCCUCUACAGCGGCGUGAUCAUCUCGGUACUCCUUUAUGCUGCGCCUGUGUGGUGGAAUGCCGUUGUGGAGAACGUGAGGAUCGGUGUGGCUGUUCAGAUCCUCCAGAGAAAGAUUGUGAUCAGGGUAUGUUGUGCCUAUGGAGCGGUCUCUUUCCACGAGCCUAUAAUGAAUGUGGGGAUUAUUUCUCACCCUCGUCCGAUAUCCGAGCUGGCGGAGGUAUAUGCGGUUGUUAGGGACACUGCGGAUCCUGUUGCCCCGAGGACUAAGGCAAUAUUGGGGGCUCUUGCCAGACGGAAAGCCAUGAAUGCGUGGACGACUGAGGUACUUGGGCUCGUAUGA